CUCCUUUUACCCUAAGGGAGUUAAUAUAUUUCUAGAGCAGUGGCAGUCUUUUACUCAAAAGACAAAAAAAAUUGUUCUUCAGCUAACAUCCAAAAUGUCAUCGAGGUUUGAGGUCAACGAGGAUGUACUGCUGCUUUAAAUAAGAGCAGGAGAGAAUACCGUGAGAACAGCACCCCACGAUCUGGAGUCAAGAGUCAGAAGAGCCUGCAGAGAAAGAGAGAAAGAGAGAAAUUGCAGCAUGGAUCUUCAGUCAAGAAUACUGUUCUGCUGGAUUAUUCUUCAAGUUGCCUUUGCCUCUGUUUUUGCGGAUGUUUGGAAGGUAGAAGUUGUCACUCCAAUAGAGGGACUGGUUUCAUCUUGUGUAGUGUUGCCCUGCAAGUUUAAUUACCCUGGUGACACAGUUCCUUCCUCUCGGGUAAAGGGAAUCUGGUACAAAAAGGAUAAAGUAGCUGAUCGCAUCUAUGACGAAGAUUCUUUGCAGAUUGUCGACAGCUUUAAAGAUCGCACUAAACUUAUUGGCAACCUGGGUGAUAAAAACUGCUCAUUGGAAAUUAACGAAGUGAAAGAUCACGACAACGGCCCGUUCUGCUUCAGAACUGAAAUCCCAACAAUUGACAAAUACUCUUUUGUUGAUAAUUGUGUGACCAUCAAAAUAAAGCCUGAACCUGAAGAACCAACUCUGUAUCAUGAAGAAUCCUUCACAGAGGGAUCAGCUGCUAUUUUUAAGUGUUAUAUCAGACACACCUGUCCCACACACCACCCGACUAUUAAAUGGAGUCGUACUGAGGAUAAACCCACUUUGAUCUAUAAGGACAAUGGCCAUGGAGUUUGGGAGGUAGAGUCCUUGCUGACCUUUAUUGCCACUCCAGAGGACGAUCACACUGAAAUCACCUGCACUGUCUCUUUCCAUGGCAUUCUGGAAUCUGCAGUCACUCACAAGAUAUACAUAAAACGUAAACAAACCUUCCUUCACAUCAUUAUUCCUGUGGUUGCUGUGACUGGAACCAUCAUUCUAUUUGGAACAGCAUGUUUCUUUGUGACGAAGAGAUACAAGCGACAAAUUCAAGAUCUCCAGGCUAGGAACCCAGAUGGGGUGUGGAGUCGUCUAUCCAGAAUAUCUCGCAGGGUCCGUGGUGAAAGGCAUGAACAUGAUAGUGGCAUUAGGCAGAACAACUGUGUGAGCAAUGCGACAGGAUCAGCAGGAUUCUCAAAACCCCGUUUUCCAUCUCCAAACAGUGGCAAAAAAGCCUACAAGAAGUCUGGUGGUGGAUGUUCAGAUGAUUAUGGUGAUGACUACACCAACACGGGUGACCUCAAUGUAUAUGGGAAUAUUUGAUGACAUUUGGAAUUUGAAAAAUUAUCAUCUCUUUUAAAAUAUAAAAUUCUUUUAAUACUUAAACUACAUACAAAUAGAUCGAAUAAGAAUUCUAGUCAUGCUUUGUAUGUGUUUAUUUUUUAAAUAAAGAAGAUUGAGUUGAUGCCUAAGAAAUUAGGAUAUUUUGCAUAUUUGUAAGGUCCAGUGAACAGCAAAACAGAUAAAACUAUUUUUUACAUUUCAGUAGGUGGGGUUUUAGUUCCUUUAUGUGACUGGUGGUUAACCAACCAAUGUUCAUUUCCCACACACUUAGUUCAUAUAUGAAGCCAAUUUAACACCUAAGCCUCAACUGACUUUAUAACUGGAAACUGAAAUUUUCCUUUAGACGUCAUUAUUAUAAUGAGACUUUCCAUAUUAUUUUUUUAAGUAGGACAACAAAAAAGGCUUGUGGCUUGCUAUCGCAUAAUAGCAAAUAAAAAGGCUUGUUUUGCAUUUGUAUUUGGGUAGUUUGUAGCUCUAAUAAUAAUGCAAAUACUAUUGUGUUCUCUUUAUGUUUUUGGCUGUACAAGUUAAAGUAUAAAAAUAAAAUGCUUAAUACAUUGA